CCACUAUCUCCAGCCACAUGCAUCCUUCACUUGAGAAGUCUUGUGACACCUUUCUCCUCGCUGUGGGAACCCGAUUCCAGUCACAUCCCCAAAAUGCUCCAGCUCAACCACAAGUACUGGAAGACCCUCCCCGGGCCGAGGCUGCUCAACCUGAUCAUAGCCGUCUCUGCCUUGGCUAUCUCAUAUGAAGGUAUGAGUCAAGGCGUAAUGGGCGCCGUUAAUGUGGCGCCCGAAUACGGUCGACGCAUGGGCUUUGCCGACGAGCAUGGCAAGGUCAUCAAGCCUUCACUUCAGGGCGGCAUUGUCGCUAUAUACUAUGCCGGCUCCCUUCUGGGGGCCUUCUGGGCUGGUCAUUUCUCCGACAAACACGGACGAAUCAAGGGUCUCUGGCUAGCCAUCUUCUGGUGCAUGCUCGGCGUCGUCCUCCAGGCUUCGGCAGUCAACCUUGCCCACAUGCUCGUCGCUCGACUCUGUGCGGGUUGCGGCGUUGCCUUCAUCAUCGUCAUUGCCCCGGCAUGGACAGCCGAACUGUCACCUGCAGCGCACCGCGGCAAGAAUAUCGCCCUGACCUUUCUCGCAAACUUCGGCGGCAUCAGCUUGUCCGCGUGGGUGGGCUUCGGAACAUCAUUCACGGAGCUGGGGGGCGGCGCCUUCCGGUGGAGGUUCUGCUUCGCUUCCCAGGCCAUCCCUCUCUUCUUGCUCUUUAUCGGAUCCCUCUUAAUCCCCGAGUCGCCCCGGUGGCUCAUCAAGGUCGGCCGCCGCGAGGAAGCCCGGGAUAUCAUUACCAAACUUCGCGGCAACGACAACCCGGACCACCCCGACGCGCAGCGUGAAUUUCGGGAGAUGGUCACCGUCAUUGAGAUGGAGAAGGAGGCCGAGAGCAUGAACUACGUCCAGAUGUUCCUCGGCAUCGGUUCGGGCGACAUCCACAUUGGCCGUCGCAUUCAGCUGGCCUUCUGGCUGCAGGUACUUAUGCAGUACGGGACCGGCAUCGCCGCCGUCGUCAUCUACUCGGGUACCAUAUUCCGCACGGCCGGCUUCGACGACCUCAAGUCCAACUGGCUCUCGGCCCUGAUGAAUAUGGUUGGCAUCCUUGGCACUGCCAUUGCCGCCUUCACCCUGGACCGCGUCGGCCGGAGGCGCACGCUCUACUGGGGUGCCGUCGCGCUCGGCAUCAUCCUCUUCACCAUCGGAGCCCUCAACCGCGGGGCCCUCGACCACCCGGGCCGGAAGGAACAGUUCGGCACCGCAGCGGCCGCCAUGGUGUUCGUGUACGUGCUCGUAUUCAGCUCGUCCUGGCUCAUGAUCCCCUUCAUCUACCCGACCGAGAUCUUCCCCACCUGGCUCCGUGCGAAGGGCAACGCCUUCGGCGUCGCCGGCUGGGCUGUCGGGUUCGGCGGCGGCUCGCUGCUCGUGCCUAUCAUGUUCGCCGGCAUCGGCGAGAACACCUUCCACGUCUUCGGCGCCGCCAUGUUCGCCUACAUCCCUAUCAUCUACUGUUUCUUCCCCGAAACCGCCGGGCGCACGCUGGAGGCCAUGGACUUUCUGUUUGCGAGCAAAAGUCCCUUCACCUGGCAUGAGGAAGCCGAGUUCAGGAAGCGUAUCGACGAGCUGGAGAACCGCGUGCAGGGACACGGCAAGGAGACGGAUUCGUCUGAAGAGAAGUGCAGCGCUGUGAAUGUAGACGUAGUAUAA